AUGGUUGCUCUCAGUGGUGAUCGGAAGACAGUCUUAGAGGCCAUAUGGGCGCUUGGGGGCGUCGCAAUCAUCGUGGUAGUGCUCCGGGUAUUUGCAAAAGCCAGGCUUCGUCAUUUCGGAUUAGACGAUCUUAUCAUGAUUGUAUCUCUGGCAAGUUUUGAAUUGAGGGGAAAUGGUGAUAGUUUCGCCCUCGCUGCAUCAAUAAGCCUCACAAUCGCAGUCGUUGACUAUGGCUUUGCAUCCGGUCGUCCUGGGGUUGACGAGGCCACCGCUAUCAUGUACUAUACCAUAGAGGAGGUUUGCAGUGUCACAAGCACCUGCCUAGGCCGAGUCGCAUUCAUCCUUUACCUCUUGCCGGUCCUUUCAACGAGGAAAGUCUUCAAGAUCAGCCUAUGGGUACUGUUUGCGUUGCAAAUAACGGCCAAUUCUGUAAUGGUCAUCCUGAUAUUAUCUCAAUGCCACGACAUCCGUGGCGUUUGGGAUCCCAAAUACGCCACCAACUGCACGGAAGACUAUAUUCAGCUCCGUUUUGGUUACUUCCUCUGCUUCUGCAACUCUUCUGCAGACUUGCUGCUGGCAGUCUUUCCAUGCUAUAUCUUCUGGGAUCUCAAGUUAAAGCCGAUGAUCAAGUUCAGCCUCAUGGUUCUCACGAGCUUGGGUGUCGUCGCAACCAUCGGUGCCAUCAUGAAGGCUGUAUAUCUCCAAGAGAUCUUAACCUGGGAUGGUACCGCCAACGCAAUUAAGCUUACCUGCUGGGCUAUGAUCGAAUGCUAUCUCGUCAUUAUCACCGCAUCGGUUCCCUGUCUUCGUUCGCUGGUGGUUUCUUCCGUGCGUCAGAUGUUCGCCAGCGACAAGUCUACCACGUUCCCCUUCACCUCAUCUUACAGGAAGAAAACAGCCACCCAUCAACGCAUGACAAAUUUCGAGGCCUCUGGGAGUAGACAGAACAUCUUCUCGGGAGCACGUGGUGAGGACAUUGAGAUGGGGACGACUAGGGCUUCUGUAAAUGCCAAUGGCAGCGAGGAUGGAAGGGAGGGAGCGCCGGAUGGAAUUGGAAAGACGGUGGAUAUCAGUAUUACUUGGGAGCAAGGACAUGGCAGAGACCGUACUCCCUAG